CACAAACCAGAAACAAGACGAGGGGAAGAAAAUACGGCUUGAGAACAACGACCUUAAUCAGGAUUCCCGACUCCUUAUUACAACAGAAAGAUAAUCUCCCUCACAAGGGCAUUCAGUGUUGAUAUGUUCUAUGUAUUCCCCUUUUUUUUGUAGUUCAUCUCCAGACCAAAAUAUCCCAAAAGCAGAAGUGAAGAUGAACUUGUUAGUCAUCCUCUGUUUCAUUUCAGUUGUCAGUAUUGAAGUUGCAUUUUCAAAGAGGCGGCUUAAAAAGAAGUGGUCUCCAAGCCAUAACCUCACAGGUGAUGUUUCAGCGGAGUGUCGGAAAGGGGAUGGGAGCAGUUACAGGGGAAUUACUUCCAAAACGGCGAAUGGGCGUCCGUGUCUUAACUGGAACUGGUUCAAAAACCCCUGGGGGGCCUCAUUUGGAAUCGGGGAUCACAGAUACUGCAGGAAUCCUGACCAGAGCUCGAGACCCUGGUGCCAUGUCAAAAAAGGCAAGAAGGUCGUGAGAGAAAUCUGCAACAUUCCCAAAUGCCCCACAAAUGUAAAGCCUCCUGUUGUUGUGGAUACAGAACUGACAUGCGGUGAGAAGUCUGAGCACAGGAUGAAUAAAAUUGUGGGCGGGUCGUUCGUAACCGCGCGGUCCCAGCCGUGGGUUGCCGCCAUUUUUCAUCAGCGCAACAGGUUCCUUUGCGGCGGCUCGCUCAUUGCGCCGUGCUGGGUGCUCACGGCCGCACAUUGCUUCACUGAUGGUGAAAGGACAAACCUCCAGCGUCUGUCUGUGUUCCUGGGCAAGAGUGCCAUCAACGAAACGGAUGACGUCAACGAGCAGAAGUUCACAGUGGAAAAACUGAUCCUCCACCAAACAUACAAUGAGGCCAACUACAACAAUGACAUAGCUCUGUUGAAGAUAAGAAGCAGCAGCGGCAGCGGAUGUGCCGUGCGAUCGGAAUCUGCUCGCGCAGUUUGUCUUCCUCCACCUCACACUCAACUUCCUGUUGGGUCUCAGUGCAUCAUCGCAGGAUUUGGCAAGGAGAAAUUCAGGGCAUUUCAGUUCUCUCAGUACUUGAAGGAGGCCCAAGUGAAUCUUCUCUCCCAGUCUCACUGUAAACAAAAUCCCAUGUAUGCAAAUCUGCUGACCGACAACAUGUUCUGUGCUGUGGGACCCAACUGGAACAUGGAUGCCUGCAAGGGCGAUUCCGGUGGUCCCCUCCUGUGUGAAAACGCCGGUCGGCUGUUUCAGUUCGGGAUUGUGAGUUGGGGCAUUGGCUGCGCUCAGGAGAACAAUCCUGGGGUUUACACUCAGCUCACCAAAUACAACCAGUGGAUUGCAGAGAAAACAGAACUACCACAGUAUACAAAAGGAGUCAUGUACCCUCCAAAAUGAAGGUGGGCGGCAGAGUCCCUCGUGUUACAAUUUCGUUCCAAAGGGAACAUUCGGCAGCAAGGCUCUGUAUGCACGCUGGUUUGUGCAUCUUGCCAUGUUGUUUCACUAUGCAGAAAGUGGCAGCUGAUGGGCUUUUAUUGCACAUGGACAGAGGUAAUAAUUUUUGAGCUCAUUUUUCUGAAAGAAUGUUUUUACGUAUUUAUUAUAGAUGUCUUCAUAUACUUAAGAAUUGGUUUUGUUGUAUAUUAAACUGCAAAUACAGGGAGCGGGGGGGGGGGGGUCAAAUUUCAGAUCUGGCUUUCCUCUUUGGUGGUAGCAUUUUCUGUCAUUUGCCUGGAUGGGUUUUCUUUGAGUUCAUUUGAAAAACAUGCAUGUGAGAUUCAUUGAGAAUUGUAAAGUGCCCAUUCAGUGCAUAUGUGAGGAUGUGAGUGUGAAGGUUUUUUCUGUAUGUGCCCUGCAAUUGUCUGGCGACCAGUCCAUUGUGUACUCCGCCUUUAGUCCAGAGUUAGCUGGGAUAGGCUCCAGCUCACCUUUGAACCGAUGAGGACAUACAUCGAAAUGGAUGGAUGGAUGGAUGGAUGGAUGGAUGGAUACACACUAAAUUAAACCAAAGUUUUGCAAAGGUGGUUUAACCCUUGUGCGAUCUUCAGCCACAUAGGCAAGAAUUUCAAAUAAAGAAGUCCUGUAAACAUAAAUAUGUGUCGUAUACAGUAUAUCAGGAUGACUUUUUUUUUAAUACUAAUAUGGUCCUCUUGUUAUUUUUUUAAACUUCAAAUCAUCUCCAAGCAACUGCCUGCAAAGGCCUUAUUUAUAACGAUUACCAUGCCAAGAUAGUUUACAACAGAACUGCUGGGGCCAAUCACAACUGUAAUUCGUCCCUCCUACACACACCUCAACAACUCACACAAAUCUGUUUACUUUAUUACUGUGCCUCAAACCAUAAAUGGCUUUGAUAUGCAGUAAGAGUAUGAGUCUCACUCCCAUGAAAGGACAUUUCCAAGGAAAGGGUUGGGAUAGAUCAGGGUCAAAGAGUGGCUGCCUCACUGCUGGAAGCUUUUAGGUUCGAACCCCCGCUUCCAAUCCAAGUUACUCCUGAUCUUGCAUUAUCUUAGUGGGGAUGAGAUGGUUACUACCCUUAUAUGGACAUUUACAGGAGAUUACUCUAUAUAAACUAAAAAAAAAAAAAAAAAACUCAGACAAUAAAUGUCAAAACCUUUCUGUUUUAUAAGUUAAUUGAAAUAGAAACUAAGCAUUUUAUCUGUGACUGUCUUUCAACUUUUAUUUAGCAAAUUUUUUCAAACAAUUAUGUCUAUGAAAUCCAUCCAUUUUCUCAGUUCUCGGUUGUUCCCACAAGGGUCACGGGGAAUGCUGGAACCUAUCCCAGCUGUCAAUGGGCACAAGGCGGGUUACACCCUAAACUGGUUGCCAGUCAAUCGCAGGGCACAUGGAGACAUACAACAGCCGCACUCACAAUCACACCUAGGGGCAAUUUAGUGUCCAAUUAAUGUUGCAUCUUUUUGGGAUGUGGGAGGAAACCGGAGUACCUGGAGAAAACCCACACAGGCACGGGGAGAACAUGCAAACUCCACAAAGGUGGGUCGGGGAUCGAACCCGGGACCUCAGAACUGUGAGGUCAACACUUUCCAGCUGACCCACUGUGCCGCAUGGAUAUGAAAUCCAUUUUUUAAAUAAUUAUUUCAGUUCAGUUUUGUUUUCUAUAUUUAAAAGCACUGUAGAUGUUUAUCCGAAGCACAAUGUACACUGGCUUCAAGCAUUA